AGCUAGCUUGACACGUUGUCCUUGUGUUUUGUUGUUUCGGUCCAUUGUAUUUUUUCGGACGGAUAUACAGGUCAUCUUACUUUGGGGAUUUUCCUUUUAAUCGGCUAAUAGAGUUAUGCUGACAGACACUGAGGAUGGCUGAAAGUCUAGUCAGCCCAGAGGGGGUCUCCACCCAACAUCAUUCAAACAGUGAGGAGCAGUCCGAGGCAGAUGGUUCUAGUCCUCCACUUGAACCUAACAGCCUGUCUGCUGCCCAGCGAGAGGUCCUGGAGCGCUGCCUGCAUGCGCUCACUCAUGCCAAGAAUGACAGCCACAUUUUGGCAGCACUUCUCCUGAUUACACGGUUAUGUCCAGCCAGUCAGCUGGACAGGGUGACCCUGCAUCGCGUCUUUGAAGCAGUGGGUUUCAACCUCCCUGCACGCCUGCUGGUAACUGCCGUCCGGGGGGGCGAGAGCUCUGGGCUUCCACCUGAGGAGCUUCUGUCUCUAGGCACUGCCCUGCUGGCUGCUCUCAGCACAGACCCAGACAUGGCCACCCAUCCUCAGCUACUGAGUACCAUCCCUCUCCUCCUGGGCCUGCUUGAAAGUGGAAUACCGGUCAGUCAGAAACAAGCCCAGCACACGACAGUGUCUCAGUCCACAUGUUCUGACUCGAGUCCAAAUACGAAUGCCUGUUCCACUCAGACAGACCAAAGCACUCCAGGAGAGGAAGAACCAAAAGGUUCUUCUGGAUUAGGCAGAGAAGAUGAACCAGCUGUAUGUAAACUGGAUGAGGCAUUGGCAGCUGACUGCUAUCAGGUUUUGACCACUGUGUGUUCCCUCUCACGUGGCCCUGACCAGCUGCUGGCCCGUGGUACCAUACCUGCUCUUUGCAGGGCUGUGUUGAAAAAACAGACUCUCAGCCAUGAGAAGGGUCUUCUGUUGCUAGGUAACCUCCUGUCCAGCAGUAUUAGGCAGCGGGCGUGGAGCAAACACCCGUCAGAACUUCUCUCUCUUCUCGCUAGCAUCUCUCAGAAUUUUAGCCAAGCUCCAGAGAAGGAUCGCCUAGAGAUGUGCUCUUGGAUACCACAGUUUCUCCCUCCGCCAGAAAGUGAGCUGCAGUCCCAAGAGCUCCAAGGUGUGGUUUGUAGUCUGUGGGCAACAUUAUGUCCAAUGGUCCAAGGUAAACUCGGCAUAGAUCAGCUGGGCAAUGUUCUGGUUCUGUCCGCUUGCCUAUUGGACUUAUCUGGCUGGGAGCCAGCUGGCUCACCGAAGUUCUGCUGUCUACUGGUAAAUCGUGCAUGUGUGGAGGUGAGGAUGGUUCUGGAGGAGCCACCAGGUACACAGCUCUCUGCUCAGCAGCAGCACACACUCACUGCCUGUUACCGCAUCAUGGAGGCAGCCAUGGAGCAAGCGUGUUGUGGGGGGACUAAUCCCAGUCCAGCGCAGUCAGAGACUGCCAUUGCUGGGUUGAGUCUGCAGCAGAGCAGGCAGGUUCUUGGGGCUCUGGAAGAGGCUUACUCUGCAGUCAUUUACUAUCUCCAGCAGAUGGACCCUAGCCACUAUGAUGAGCCCUUCCUUUUCGCCACGUUCCGCUCUCUUUGCGCCUGGCUGGCUGAAGAGACUUCGUGUCUGAAAGAGGAGGUCAGUGCCCUCUUGCCUUUCCUUAUUGGCUAUGCCAAACAUCACCUACAAGAGAGAAAAGGCAAAGGACUGUCUGAAUGGAUGUCGACGAUGUCUGUCAGUGACUGCUCGCAGGCUGGAACAUGGACAGGAGAGAAUGUCCUGAGAUAUCUCCUCCCAGCACUGUGCCACUUGUCAGCUGAAGAUGGUCCAAGAAAGGUGCUCCUUUCUUUAGAUACUCCAGCCAUGCUGGUACACUUUCUCAGCCGGGGUUGGGGGGUGCUGAGGACACAGAGUGGGAAAACAGUAAACAGAGAUCCAGGUCUGGAAACGGCCUGCUCUGCCCUGCUCAACUUCACAGUCACAGAGCCAGACCGGGUCAGGACUGAUGCCUGCUUUGCCUCACUUGAAGCAAUGCUGAGUGAAGCGCUUCCUGUACUCCUUCAUAAGUCACGUCUCUUGGUCCUGGCAGCCAACUGCUGCACUCUGGGUCUCAUGAUUGGCAGACUGAAACCGGCCUUCACAGGUCCGGUGGAGUCCAGUCAGCGACGCUUCUUCUCCUGUGCCCUGCGGUUCCUGCUGGGGGCCCUGCAAGCAGGUGACGCUGGGGGGCAGGCGAGGCUCAGCCCUCUGUGGGAGCCCUGCUGGGAGGAGGUGAAUGAACUCUGGAGGCUUGGGCUGCAGGCUCUGGCUGGCUGUGUGAACGCACAGCCCUCAAUAACCACCCUGGUCAGAGAAGAAGGCUGGCUACAGAGUAUCCUCAGCCUGCUGGAGUCCAGCAGUGGCCUCCCAGACCCCCAUUCUCAGCAAGCUUUAGAGGAGGCCCUGUGCGGCAUCGCCCGCCAGUGCCCAUUCUGUCGCCAAGACAUCAGUGAAUCCAUGAAGAGAGGAGGAAGAGGCUCUCUACACGGCAUGGCACAGCUGAGGAACGUGCUGAAGGACUGAGCUAUGACUGCCUGUUUGUGCACAUCUUUAAUCAUCUGGUGAUGAGAGGUUUUCAUUGUAUAUCAGAAAUGUGAUUUCUGUAGGGUUUUUUUUUCCAGUCCAGAAAAAUGAAUAAAAAAUAUUUUUGUUUAAA